UAACGGCCCAUUGAAUAUUAACAUGCCAGCCCCAUCCGCCUCGUAGGGGCGCUCUGAUGGCGGCGGCGACGCUGGCGAAUGGCAUGCGAAGGACGAAGCCUCUUCUCUCCUCCCCCACACUUCGUAACGCCGCCGCCGCCGCCGCCGCCGCACCAUUCACGCCAUCCCGCUCUCUGUCCUCGCCGGCGUACGACCUUCCACUUCUUUCCGCUGAUGACGAGGCCGUCGUAUCUUCGGCCUUCUCCAUUCUGCGGGAGCUCCGCUCCAAGCGCCGCUGGACUUUCCUCAAGUCCGUCCACCAUCCGACCGGCUUCACGCCCGUCCAGUUCGCCCACGUCCUUCUCCGCCUCCGCAACCACGCCCGCCUCGCCCUCGGCUUCUUCCUUUUCACCCGUCGCCACUCCCUCUGCAACCACGACUCUCUAUCCUUCGCCGCCGCCGUCCACGUGCUCGCUCGCCAUCGUCGACGCGCUGAUGCCCUCUCCCUCCUCCAGGCGGCCAUCCGGUCCCUCGACACAGCGCGCUCCUCCUCCUCUGCAGCUGCUGGUGACGAUGAUAGCCCCCCGGAGAUCUUCAAAACCCUAGCGAAGACUUACCGGGUCUUCGACUCCGCCCCCUUCGUGUUCGACCUGCUCGUACGGGCUUACCUCCAGAACAAGCGACUCGAUCGAGCGACCCACAUCGUCCGGAUCCUGAUGUCCCGUGGCAUCCAGCCCUCCAUCAGCACCGCCAACGCACUCAUCCGUUCGGUGUCUCGCGCGAACGGCUCCGAUGCGGGUUUCGAGGUUUACAGUCAGAUCUUCAAGCCACAGGCAGUCGGCCAUGGAGUCAGCAUGAAGGUUAGGGUUUCUCCAAACCCAGGAACCUUCAACACCCUUCUCCUUGCUCUCUAUCGCGAGGGAAAUAUGGAGAAAUCGAUAAAGAUCAGAAACGAAAUGGAGACUUUUGGAUGCGAUCCGACGGUCUUCACCUACAGCAUUCUAAUGUCCGGAUUUUGCGACGAGGGCAUGAUGCAGGACGCAAAGAAAUUGUGGGAAGAGAUGGUGACCAAGGGAAUCAAACCUGACAUCGUCGCAUUCAAUACACUGAUCGGCGGCCACUGCAGAGCCGGAGAGAUGGAGGCCGCCGAAGAUCUCUACAGGAACAUGACGUUGACCGAGAUCGAACCUACCGUCACCACGUUCGAGCAUUUGAUCGGCGGCCACUCCAAGGCCGGCUGCGUUGAUUCCGCUCUGCUUCUGUAUCAGGACGCGAGGAGGAGGGGAUUUGGGCUGCAAGCCUCGGUCAUCGACGAGUUGCUCGCGGCAGCACGCGAAAAGGGGAAAGUCGCUGAAGGGAUGAGAAUUCUGAGGGAGGAGACGACGAGGGAAGGGUUUACACCGAGCAGGAGGAGCUACGAGGUGUUGAUCGGAGGACUCUGCGAAGAGGGGGAGGUGGAAGAGGCGGCGAAGCUUCAGGCGGAGAUGGCUGGUAAAGGAUUUGGGAACAGCUUCGAGGUAUACAAUGCGUUCGUGGAGGGAUACAAGAAACGAGGGGAUAUUGAGAAGGCGGAGAUGUUGAAGAAUGAGAUGAUUACGAUGGGCAUAACGAUAAAAGUGUAGCAAGCAGUCUCUUGUGAUUGUGAUUAUGCUUCUUCAGCCAAAAGCAUCAGUGAGAUCAUACAAAUUCCUCUUCGUAAGUUCAAAGUAUGGAUUAAUACAUCAAUUCGACUCAACUUUUUAAGAUUUUCUCA